GGGGGGGAGCUGUGGGUCAUGGGGCAGCCGUUUCUCCAUUACACUCUUAAUAAUCAACUUUGCGACUCGGAGCCUCUUCUGACACGUGCAGGGGGGAGGGAGCCCACAGCUGCCCCCCCCCGCUUCCUCCUGCACCCAAGUUCCCUUUUCAGGGCCUGAUAAAAUGUCCCUGUUGGCAGAUCUUCCCCCGUUGCGUCGGGACGGCUCUCCGGCAGCACAGGGAGGGCUCCCCCGCAGCCGGCAGGAGCAUCUCUGAGACCCCGACCGCGUCGGUGCCCGGCGGCGAAACCGACAAGCAUGGCGGGUUACCUGUGUCUCUCCGUGCUCCUCCUGGCGGCUCUGCCAACUCCCUACGCCAGCCCGCUCUCCACCGGCUCCUCCCUGCGCUUCAUCGCCUUGGGGGACUGGGGCGGGGUGUCCAAUCCCCCCUUCCACACGCCGCGCGAGGUGGCCACGGCCAAGGAGAUGGGCCGCACGGUGGCAGCGCUGGGCGCGGACUUCAUCCUGUCCCUCGGCGACAACUUCUACUACAACGGGGUGCAGGACGUCAACGACAAGAGGUUCCAGGUAGAGUCUUUGGAGAACUUCCCCAACUACCACUACUCCCUGAAGUUCAAGGUCCCCAAGAGCAACGCCACGGUGGCCCUCCUCAUGAUCGACACCGUCACCCUGUGCGGGAACUCGGACGACUUCCAGAGCCAGCAGCCCCAGCAGCCCCGGGAUGUAGGGCUGGCCCGAAGCCAGCUGGCCUGGCUCAGAAAGCAGAUGGCAGCUUCCCGGGACGACUACCUGCUGGUCGCCGGCCACUACCCGGUGUGGUCAGUGGCGGAACACGGCCCCACCCACUGCCUGGUGAAGUACCUGCAGCCGCUGCUGCUCAAGUACAAGGCCACUGCCUACCUGUGUGGCCAUGAUCACAACCUGCAGUACCUGCAGGACAAGGCCGGCGUGGGCUACGUGCUGAGUGGGGCCGGCAACUUCAUGGAGAACUCGCGGAAGCACUUCCACCAGGUGCCCGCGGGCUUCCUGCGCUUCUUCUACGCCGCGCCGGCGUCCCUGGGCGGCUUCGCCUACGUGGAGAUCGACGGCAAGGAGAUGAGUGUCACCUACAUUGAAGCCAGCGGCAAGUCCCUCUACAAGACCUCCCUCCCCCGGAGGAGCCACCUCUGAGCCCCUGCCCGUGGAUCUAGGAGGGCACAGCGGGUGGGGCGGCUCGGAGCUCCCUGCCUUUUCGUUUGGCACCGAGGGAAAGGCUGCUCCAGGCACUGCAGCUGUCUGAUUUGUAAGGCUUCUGCAGCCGACCUCUGGGGGAACCGUCCCCUCACGCCCUGUAGCCCCCUGAAAUACCCUCCCAGGCUUUGCAAACAUCCUCUCCUGUCUGCACUCGCUGGCUGGAGAAGGGCCCCCCCUUUGUUGCUUGAUCCCCCCUUCCCACCUCAAUAGAUCGCUUUAGAUUCCAGCCCCUUGAUCCCCCUCGAAACGCUGCCCCCCUCCUUCUGAAAACUCUGUGUCUCGGCCCCUUUGUGGAGGCGGGGGUGACCCGUCGGGUCUGUGCACUGCCCACAGCCCCCGGAAGCUGUCCCUGUGCCUCUACCUGCUGCCCACACAUCUCCCUGCCCGGCGCGGGGAGGGCAGAGCGUUCCGACUACACUGGGUUAGUUGUGGGACGAGGUCUCCUCCCCUCGUCGUUCUCCACCCCGCUCCUAGGUGUGGCCCCUGGCUGCUGUGGGGGGAGGGUAUCUGCAACGCUUUCCCAGGGCCAGGCAAGCUGGCCGCAUGGCUCCAAAGCAGAGCUGGGUUUGAGGACUAUGGCACGGUAUUGCCUGGCGUGACCUUGUCGCUGUCUCUCUGGGCACCAGCUCCCCGCCUCUAAAACGGGGCUAAGCCCCUUCCCUGCUCCCUGCUCUGUGACUCUCAAUUCCUCGGGGAUCUCUACAGCUACUGCAACAAAAGUCCCUACCCACGGCUCUCUCAGGUGAGCUGCUCCCUGGUCUUGCCACCUGGAAGUGCUAUGAACUCCCUUCUCUCGGGAACAAAAUCCUCAGCCACGUGCCAUGCAGUUGGGAAGCUGAUUUUUAUGGUGUUGCUCCUGGCAGGCCAGUAAACUGAGUUGUGCCGGAAGAGGCCUCAGCACUGCUCAAAUCCAGCAUGGCUUUGAGUUGUUUGUUUUUAACCCUCAGAUACUGACUGGUCCAGGGGGUUUGCUCCCAGUUUAAAUGUAAAACGGUGUGUGUGUGUGUGUGCCUCUGCGUGCGUGUGUGCGAUCCCCACGUCUGUCAGACUUGUAAGCUCUGGAGAAACUUCUUUACACGAUGCAGCAUAGCACCUGUGAUCUGCUCCCUGAAUCUGCCUUGAAGGGAGCAGACUCUUGUACGUGAGUUUCUUGUGAUUAUUUUCAGUAAAUUAUGCUGGGAAAAGCAA